CGUGGUCAAAGCAAAAGUUCAAAAUGGCGGAUGAAACAGAGCCAAGAACUAGACCAAGAAGAAGACACUUUCGUCUGGCAGAAAACUUCUUGCCUGCUGUAGAAAGACUAGACAGAUCUGUAACUAAUGUCGUAUCACCAGUUGGCAUCACUACCAUUGGUCUUAUUACACUUUACUACACGGCUCUCUCCUAUGGACUACUUGUCAUAGGUAUGGUUGGCGGUCGUCCUGGCCUAGCUCGUAUUGUUAGCAGCUCAAACACUCACCCAAUGCUAAUGGUGGUAGCUAUACCCAUGAUACCGGUCGCUCUGGUACUACUAGAAGCUUCAGAAGUCGAAGACAAAACUCUAACAAUUUGGAGAAAGAGAAUUGCACCUGUAAUAUCGAAGACACCUAUACUGGGAUCGAUCGUAAACUACUUUUGGCCUGAAAUAAAGAGAGAGCCUUUCCGCUAUCAGAACAACAAGGGAAGCAUAACGAUCACAAUCGAUAACUUGGCAAGGAGUAUAGCUGGUGGACUAAUGCUACCAUUUCUUGGGUACCUUUUUGGGAAAGUUAUAUUUGGAAAGACAAAACUAAACAGUUUUCAACGGACGCUAUUGGGUUCUAUAACAUUCUAUACGCUUAAAGUCAGUCUCAAAGCUGUAUUGAAACAUCAUCAGUAUCGGAGGCAAGGUUUCAGGAGAGUUCUUAAUUACGAUCCUUUGUUAGAUUCAAAUCCACCUCCCGUUAGUCCAACACCUGUGGCUGAAGAUGAUGAAGAAAGAGAGACGUAAAUUAAGCAUAAUAUAAAUAAACAGCAACUUAAUUUAAUUUUGUUGAUUUUAAAAAUAAUUUUAAUAAUAAGCUCAUGUUUGUUUUGUGUGUGAUUUAUAAUAACGCCCAAACUGGGUGUCAAUAUGUUGUAUAUAUUAUGGUCUUGCCCACAGUACUUCCUCUCUCUCACACACACACAUUGAUAUUGCUAUGUGAAGAUUACUUUAAUACAUACUGAUUUAAAACCACAA